AUGCUUCAUUGGAAGAACUUCAUCCGAGAAACCUACUAUGACGUUCUAUCUGUAAAAGAAGAUGCUAGUUAUGAAGAAAUCCGUGCAAGCUACCGAUCUGCCAUACUCAAUUAUCAUCCUGAUAAAUUGCAAAAUACACACCAUACAUCUGACCUUAAAAAUGAAUCAGAUGAUAGAUUUCUGAAGGUGCAGAAGGCUUGGGAGAUCCUUGGGAACUCGAUGUCUCGUGGGGUUUAUGAUAGCAAGGUGCGAGCUUUGAGGCAAGACACUGAAGUUUCAGAAGAUAUCAGUUUAGAGGAAAUGAUGAUUGAAGACAACGGAGAAAUCUUGGAGAUGUUUUACCAGUGCCGGUGUGGUGAUUAUUUUUCCAUUGAUUCUUCGGAGUUUGAGAAAAUGGGAUAUACAUUAUCGAGGGACGAUUGUAAGAUAUCAAUUGAGACACCCGAUGCUUUACCAGCAUCAGUUGUUCUUCCUUGUGGUUCUUGUUCUCUACAAGUUCGUCUUUUGAUUAAUACAGACAUUAAGUUACCGAUUGAUGGAGUGAGAAACGUGUCCUCAUCAAACCCAGAAACUCUCAUGGCUGAAAUCGACGCUGCUAUUACCAAAUUGGAAUACAGUCGUGCCACUGCACUUCUCGACUCUCCUUCCCCAACAACCCAAAUAGUAAAGACUAGCAUGAGCUCCGAUUCGGGUGAAAAUCCUCAAUAUGAUGCCAAAAUCGCAGACGGGGCUUACAGGGCAGGUUGUGCAGCCUUGGCUGCAGGGAAACUUGAUGAGGCUCUUCAAUAUUUGAAUGUCUCUCUCUCGAAAUGUCCUCCUGAUAAAACCUCUGCCGUUGCCAAGCUUCAGUCUCUUAUUUCUCUUACUUCACAGCAACUCCAGAAAUUUCCCACUUGA